AUGGAGGGGAUCGAAAUGGACGUAGACUAUGAGCGAGACAGGCAGAAAGAAAAAGAGGAGUAUGAAGACGAGAAGAAGCUCCUGCUGACAACGAUGACUACCAUUGGAUUCGACGCAGAUGGGAGCUAUAAACUCGACCAAUACGCCCUAAACAGUAUCCGAGUAAUUAUAAAACUCGUUAUGAAGCGCGACCCUCACUGCGAAGUGCGUCAAGUAAUUGGCAGCUCGAACAUUUGGGAAACCGAUUUGAUCCCAAUUUUAAAGCAGCAUUCUGACAGUGAAGACCUCUUCCGAUCAGUCAUUCGGCUCAUGUUCUUACUUUCUAUGCCCACUGCUGAAGUAUUCCGACAAUACUACGGGAAAGAAGAUUUUCCAAAAGACGCAGAGUUUCAGUAUAAUUACAGAAACGUGGAAGAGACUCUUUCGAAGUACAAAGAGCUCUUCGACGACGUCGACUUGUGGAAAGCUCUCAAGAGCGAGUUCCAGCGAGUUCUUUCAACUUCUUGGGAGGAUCAGUCAAAAGCGGAUUCUGUUUGCGUUGAGAGAAUGCUCCAUAUUAUCCGACAAAUUCUCCAUGUUCCGUCGAACGAAAAUGAUCAAAAUCGAGCUCCUGGAGAGGAUACUGUCCACGAUAAAGUUUGCCGAAGUCUUAUAGAAUCUGAUCUUUCUUCUGUGCUUAUCUUGAUCGCUUCAAAUGACGAUUGCGUACAGUACAGACCCCUUGUCAUGGAAAUUAUCGCGUAUAUGCUCAGAGAACAGGAUCCAAAAGCUCUCGCGCAGGACAAUACGAAAGCAGAAAGAGACGCAAUGAUGAGUGAGCUCAAAAAAGAUGCAGAUAAAGAAGCAAUGGCCCGACGACUAGCCUCGCAAAUGACAAGUUCGCGUCACUCGCGGUUCGGUGGCACAUUCGCCGUCAUCAACAAUCAGGGAAAGAACAUUGUGACAAACAAGCUCUACAAAAAUGUUAAUGAAGUUUCAAGAGACAGAGUCAAGGACAGAACCAAAACGAGAACGAGAAAGUGCAAAGGAGAAGAACUGCAUGUUCAUAGAACUGCCUCGCGAAAGACGAGAGCGGUUAUGCAGAAAUUCUGUGACAGAUUCCUAGACUACGGUUACAAUUCUUGCAUGGCAUCAGCGCGCCAUCAAAUUCUCCGCGAAGGCGACACCCUUGAAGAAAACAACGAGGUCUUCUACUUCCACAACAUGACGGUGUUCAUGAACUACGCAAUAAACAGGCCAAUCUGGAGCCUGUCGCAGAAAAUCGGCUUUAUUUCUGAGACGCUCUCAAUCCCCGCGCUCUCUUUUAUUGAGCGCUCCAUGCACAAGUAUGACGAGAAUAUACGCUGCGACAAGCAGAGACAGAAUAAAUGGACAACGAAACUUAAUUUCGCGAUUCGAGCUUUUCAGCAAAUUAUGAAGACAAUUUUGACGAUGCACAAGUCAAAAGAUGAGAGUAUGAAGCAAUCGGCAAACCAGAUCAAAGAACAGAUCCUUUAUACACCAGAAUACAGAGAAAUCAUUCCAAUGCUCAUGAAACAAUUCAAGCCAAAUUUCCAGACGAAAAACUAUUUACGAGAUCUGAUCAUGGCGCAGCACUGGUUAUUAAAGCUCCUCGACGGCAGUAAAGACGUCGUCGUGCGGGCUAAGAAAAAAGGAUCAAAUCGAAAGCGGGCAAAGAGAGCAAAGGAUAAACCGCAGAAGCCAAAGCCGAUUACAGACGAGGCGGAGAAAGAUGGAACUUGGAAUGAUAUCGUUGACGAUAUCAAUCUUGCAAGAGUUGGGGAUAUUGACGUCGACGAGGUGAUGCAAUACGGAUUGCUGUCAGUAGAAGAUGGCUCUAUGAAAGCACUUGGCGCGAUUCAACUGGCGCUGCAUGGGAGAGAACGCGUGAGAGACGUUUCCUCAGCCGAGUUAUCGCUUCGAUUGCUACGCGCAGCGAAGCACUUGUGGCCUGAGAAGGUUGAAUUCGGCGAGUUGGAGAACGAAGUUGAAACGCUAGAGAUUUUAUGCAAAGAAAAAUUGCCCGACGAGGCGUUUCCUGAAGAACAGGAGAAUCAAAGUGAUGGCGAAGAAAUGGGCGAAGAAGCGGGCUACGACUACGAAGAAGUAACGGAGGCAAUCAUCGAUGUUGAAGACAUCAUUGAGGCGUACGCUCACCCAGAUGUGCUACAUAAGGCUGGCAUGCUCCUCAAAGAUUACAAAAUGAACACCGUCGAGGUGAACCAUGCAAUUUGCAAACUCAUUCAUCGCGUCGUCUACCAACUCCAGCGCCCGUCGAUGUGCUUCCAAGCAACGCUUUUCCGCACUUUUCAAAAAAUCAAUGAAGAGAAAAUAGAGCUCAAGACGAAUCCUGUGUAUAAAGAAAUUUGGACACUCGGCAAGUUCAUUCUGGGGAAGUUCUUUCAAGUCAUGCAAGAUAACGAAAAACUGCCCAUUGAGCUGCUUUUAUGGACGACGCAGCGCGAUUGGGAGCCGAUCAUGAAAGGUGACUUCGGAGACCAUUAUGUCAAGCGCUCUGGCAUGUGGUCGGAAGAGAUGGACGAAGAACUGCGAAAACUUGCCGAAGAAAAUCGACUCAUCAACGAAACUCUACCUCCAGAUGAACAAGAAGACCUCAUGAAGUACAUCGAACAAAGCUUCUCAGACAGCUCCAAGACUUCCAAGCAACUUCGACUCCGCUGCGUCAAACUUGGUCUCAUCCAAAGCGCUAACAAAGCCGGCCCCAGAUCAUCGGCUGUUUUCUGGACAGAAGAUAUGGCAGAUAGUCUCACAAUUCUUUGGCGCGAGUUUGCAGAAGCGCAAGAUCCAGUUUCUAAAAUUCAGGAUAAACUCGACCUCACCCGAUCUGAAAUAAUAAAUAAACUUCUUGGACUUGAACUGAUCAAGGACAAAAGUGAAGUGGCCCGCAAAAAGAGCUCUCGAAAGGCAAAAGAGUCCUCUGAAGGUGAUCUUAAUAGGUCUUCAAAUAAUCGGGCGUUGCUGUACGAAAACAUUCCGCAAGAAGAUACUGAGGUGAUUCUUCGGCGGUGCAGAUGGAACGACAAGCUAGAAAAUGCGUUGAAAUGGCUCCGUUCUGAGCUUCAAGACGAGAUAAACGAUCGUCAAGAAUCCGCGCACGAAGAUUGGGUAGAACGCAGUCUUGUGCCUCAAGAUCCGGCUGUGGCAGAAUAUCUUGAAAGAAGCCAUAUGAAGUCGCUACUCAAAAGUGGCUUCUUCUUGUGGCCAGACCAUGAGCACAUGUAUUGGAGAAUUGGAGUGGGUUGCUCACUCAAUGAUUUGGACUUUUACAACUCCUGUUUGAACGACUACGAGCCUGACGAAGCGCAAUACGGAUCAGACAUCGAAUCAGAGCCUGAACCCGAGCCAGUUCAGGUCGCACAAGCUUUGGAAUCUUCUGAUGACGAGAUCAAUUUCUUCAAGAAAAAUCUUGCUGCCACUCCGUCGCCCGAUAAGAAAGAGAAACCAAAGAAACCGAAAAAGAAACGUAUGAAGAUCGCGCAGCGCCCUGAAACAUCGGGCUCAGAAAAUGAAGACGAGAAUCCAGGAAGUCAAGAGUCACCAACGAAGAACCUCAAAAACAUGAGCCUCGAAGAAGAGCCAAAAGUCGAUAGUCCCGCGCCAGUUAGUUCACCAGUGAAGAGAGCAACUCUAGAAUCUUCCGAUGAAGAGGACAAUGGCCCGAAAGAACCAUUUCCAGCUGCGAAGGAGUCACUCAAUUCUGAUUCUGACGAAGAGAUGGAUAUCCGACCUCGAAAACGAAGGGCUAUUUUGGACUCUGACUCUGAUUAG